AUGGAUCAGAGGCCCAAGACGAAGAUCGUGUGCACGCUAGGACCUGCAUCGCGUUCGGUGCCCAUGGUCGAGAAGCUGCUCAGGGCCGGAAUGAACGUUGCGCGCUUCAACUUCUCCCAUGGCUCCCACGAAUACCAUCAGGAGACCCUCAACAAUCUCAGGGCCGCCAUGGAAUCCACCGGUAUUCUAUGCGCCGUCAUGCUCGACACCAAGGGUCCAGAGAUUCGAACCGGAUUUCUCAAGGAUGCCAAACCAGUCCAGCUCAAACAGGGCCAAGAAAUCACCAUAUCCACUGACUAUAGCAUCAAGGGUGAUGAAACUACCAUUUGCAUGAGCUACAAGAAGUUGGCUGAGGAUGUCAAGCCAGGGAGCAUGAUACUCUGCGCUGAUGGCACUAUCUCAUUUUUGGUUUUAUCUUGUGACAAGCAAAAGGGUUUGGUUCAAUGCCGCUGUGAGAACUCUGCUGUUCUCGGUGAGAGAAAGAACGUUAAUCUUCCAGGGGUCGUAGUGGAUCUCCCGACCUUAACAGAGAAGGACAAAGAAGAUAUUCUUAAGUGGGGAGUUCCAAAUAAAAUUGACAUGAUUGCUCUGUCUUUUGUUCGGAAAGGUUCCGACCUUGUGGAGGUUAGGAAGCUCCUUGGAAAGCAUUCUAAGAAUAUCCUUCUCAUGUCAAAGGUUGAGAAUCAGGAAGGGGUGGCGAACUUUGAUGACAUCCUUGCAAAUUCAGAUGCAUUCAUGGUGGCACGAGGUGAUCUUGGAAUGGAAAUUCCAAUUGAAAAGAUCUUCCUUGCCCAGAAAGUGAUGAUCUAUAAGUGCAACAUCCAAGGAAAACCCGUUGUCACGGCAACACAGAUGUUGGAGUCAAUGAUCAAAUCUCCACGUCCAACUAGGGCUGAAGCUACUGAUGUUGCCAAUGCGGUUCUAGAUGGCACAGAUUGUGUGAUGUUAAGUGGUGAGACUGCUGCAGGAGCUUAUCCUGAACUUGCAGUUCGGACCAUGGCAAAAAUAUGUGUAGAAGCAGAAAGUACCCUUCAUUAUGGAGAUGUCUUCAAAAGGAUUAUGGAUCAUUCUCCCGUGCCCAUGAGCCCAUUAGAGAGCCUGGCUUCUUCUGCCGUUAAAACAGCCAACUCGUCCAAAGCAGCUCUUAUUUUGGUCCUAACCAGAGGAGGAAGUACCGCAAAACUGGUGGCUAAGUACAGACCAGGAAUGCCUAUACUGUCUGUUGUUGUCCCUGAGAUCAAGACCGAUUGCUUUGACUGGUCAUGCAGUGAUGAAGCUCCAGCAAGGCAUAGUCUAAUUUUCCGUGGCUUGGUUCCAGUUUUAAGUGCAGGAUCUUCCAGGGCCUCUCAUGCAGAGACGACUGACGAAGCACUGGACUUUGCCAUUCAACAUGCUAAGACGAAGGGGCUCUGCAAGAAUGGAGAUGCUGUUGUGGCUCUGCACCGUGAUGGAACUGCAUCUGUGAUCAAGAUCUUGACUGUGAAGUGA